AUGCUCCUCUCCGCCACCAUCCCGGCCCUCCUAGUGGCACCGCUAGCUCUUGCAUCUCAGCAAUACCCAGUCUACCAGCGCCUCCUCCCUCAGUCUUCAUCCCCAUCCACCGCUUCCCUCUCUUCAUUCGAAUCGAUAGGAUCAAUAAGCAUACCGGACGAAGCUUCUGGCCUGGUCGGAAAGCUUUCGCUGUCGGUAGGAGAGCAGAGUGCGGGCAAUGAAGUGGAAGAUGAUGGGACUGGGUGGUAUCAAGUGGGAGUACAGCUGGAAGAAGGGGACGAUGAGGGGGAGUGGCUCAUCGCUUCCACGCGAUCCUGCUACUUGUCGGCACCUCCUGUGGUCAAGGUGCAAGUGAAUGGAACGAGACCGUUGUCAAUCUCGGUCCACUCUUCUGAUCCUAAGAGCAACACUUGCGGUACCAAGUCCGUCGUCAAGACUCCCAAGGACCUCUCUAGUGUCAUCUUUGAGACAUCGCGAACCGCAAAGACAGUCUUGCCACUUCUCGGCGCACCCCCCGUCGUGGACACCACCGGCACCCCAGUCGUCCCUCCUCCCGAGAAGGGCUUCUUGCAAAAGUACUGGAUGUACAUUGUCGGACUGGCGCUCUUCUUUGCUGUGCAGAUGGGUCCAGAUGAGCCUAGGGAGGGUGGAGGUGGUGGCGGCGGGAAGUAA